AUGGAACCCAUCAAACAAUUCGCAUUGAAUGGUUUUAAAGAACUCUGGCCUGGGAUGAUACCCCUUUAUGGUUUAAUCUUGAAACUCUUGCUAGGAGCAAUGCAAAAUAAGCGUCCUGAAUGUCAGACUAUAAAAACUGAGGAACUACUAUCUGGCACCGACUCACAGAAGAAUGAGAAAACAGAGCCUCGAAUUUCUGAUUCUCCUUCAACAAAAUCGAGUCUCCAAAUCCGAUUCUUUUCUCUAGCUAUCCAUUUAUCAUAUCCGUUCACAUAA